AUGGCAUCAUCCACCCCACGAACGCCAAAGUCGCCAAAACCCAGUAUCAUAACACAGUCUCCAAGACCGCUGAGCACUCCUCAAAGUGAAAACGCUUCCAAAGGGUUAAAUAUUCUGCUACAGAAUGCCGCAGCUAAUGCAACAUCAGCAAGUCCACUGAGUGCUAUUUUCUUAGUCCAAUUUGAUGUGAAAUCAGGUUAUAUGCUAAAGUGGAGCAAGACAGUCAGUGAAAAUGUUUCAUUAAAGGGGGUAGAAUACAAAAGUUUACCUUCAGGGCUACACGAAGUUGAGAGAGAUGUUAUAUCGUUUGUACAACUUCAACAAGGUGAUCCUGAGCCAGAGUCUCAGCCAUUUGACAACUUGCUAUAUGGUGUCUCAGUGUUUCACCAGAAUUUGAAUGAAUCGGUCGGUGGUUCAAGAAACAAGGUCAAGAUGUUUUCUUUAGGAAUAUUAGUUGACCCCUUAACUCAAGUUUAUGCCAAAUCUUCAGUGUCAAAAUUCUCUGGGGACUUACCAACUUGGAAACCAAUGCAUUUCACUACUGGGUUAGAAUAUGUUGACCAACUACAUAAACUCUUAGAUGAUUGGGAUAAUUCAAGUGAAGACUAUAGCACAUUUGAAGAUUUCUUCGAUAAACAUUCCUCCAAGAUUGACUUGUUGGAUGUCAUUGGAUCAAAAUCUCCAAAGGCAACGGUUCCUAAAAUUGAUACACAAACUUUACACAGUUCAUUAAUGGGGAAACAUCAUAGUCAUCAUUUUUUGUUAAAUCUUACCAAUUUACUUGAAGCUUUGGGUCCUUUAAUUUUCAGGGUUUGGAGGUCAGCAUUACUUCGAGAAAGGAUUUUGCUAUUUGACGCACCAAGUGUGGAAUUGAAUUGUUCUUUUGCCUAUUGUCUAGCGAUUUUAUCCACUAUACCACAAGAGAUUCAUUGGCUACUGAAUGAAAGCGGUUGCUGGGCUACGUCUUCAUUGCAAUUCAUACAACCAGUUUAUUCAAUAGGCGUUAAUGAUAUUGACUGGCUGAAAUCAUUGAUUAACUCAGAUCCUGAAAAUCAUAGAAAUACAAGUUUUAUUGCUUCUUCUACAGAUGAAAUAUUAUUGUUCAAAAGCACUUUAUAUGAUAUUUCUGUUCAAUUCAAUCAACCACAUCAUGUUGCAACAAAAGUUCCCAAAGUGUUUUUGGUAGAAGCUGCUAUCCCAGGAUCUAAAAACACAGAUCCUUUGAGAGCCACACAACGAGAUUUGAAAAGAUUUAAAGUAUUGGCAACAGAGUUCAACUUGUGCAAUGAAGAUGGUGAAUUAAAAUGUCCAAACGCUGCAAAAUUGACAGAUGAAGCUGUUGAUAGCACAGAAGAUCCACAACAAACAACAGAAUCUGAUGGAGUACCGUGGUGGCAAGAAGUUUCAGAACCAGCUUCUUGGAGACAAUUGGCUUGGUCUGGGUUUUAUUGGUGGGCAUCAGCUGGUGAAAAUGAAAAAAUUGAAGAGGAACAAGAAGUUGAUGGCUUGAAAGAAAUGGGUGAUUAUAAUAAAAAUGAGGUUGAACGUUCUUUAGUGCUUGUUGGAUAUUUCCAGAAUUUAACCAAAAGGAUUUUCACUACCAUUGCAGAUAUUAUCAACAAUGAGAAUGAAGAAGAUUCAAAAGACAAUGAUGAUUCUGAAUUAGUUGAUAAGACGAUUUGGAUUGAACCUGCUGAUAUAUUUGAAAUGGGAUUGGAUCCUUAUUCUAAACAGGAUGCUGAAUUUGUUGUCAAAUUGAUUCAAGUUUGGUGGAACAGAAAGGCACAAGUUGGCUCCAAACUCUCAAAUUUGUGCUGCUUUUAG